AUGGUGUGGUGUGACAGUGUGGAACUCGACAAUGAAAUCCAGAUUCUGAUUGGGAAAAACAGUGUGUUGGAGUCCUGUAAGAAGCUGGAGAGCUGUUCCCCUGCCUUGAAUGCCUUCAGCAAAUACAACACUGUAGUCACUUCUGAACAGAUGGAUUCAGAUAAGGAGGACAAGAAAACAUCAGACUCUCUCUUCGAGCAUAUAUUAAUAAAGAAGAUACCAAGGGAUGUACUGGAACAACAGAUUGUUUCCCUGGAAAAGCAGAAAGUGGAGCUUUUGGCAGUUAACCACCAAUGGGACCAAGAGUUCAGAUGGAUGAAGCAGCGGUACGAGAAAAAGGUAACAGAUCUAAAACAAAAAACAGAAGCAAUGCAGAAAAUUAUCAGGGAACUUGAAAAAGAGAAGAACCAACUGCAGGAAGAAUGCCAAAGGCUGAAAAAUCUGACCACAAAUAACCUAGUCCAUGAAAUGCAACAGCAUAAAUCCCUAAAGGGAGAAAGUAAGCUUCUGAGAGAAGAAACUGUCUUAGUAAAUACAAAGAAGAUGCAUUAUGAACAUGAAAUAAGUCGGCUCAACAAGGCUCUUCAGAAUGCCUUGAAAAAUCAGAGUACAUCCUCACAUGCACCACUCCAUCUGGAUGCAUCGGAUACAAGUUGCAAUGAAGAGAUGCGGUUGCAAAUGGAAGUUCUCAGGCAGCAGGUUCAAAUAUAUGAAGAAGACUUUAAAAAGGAAAGAUCUGAUAGAGAAAGACUUAAUUCAGAGAAAGAAGCAUUACAGAGAAUUAAUGAGAGAUCACAGUCCCAGCUGAACAAAUUACAUUCUCAGAUCAAAGAUUUCCAGGAAGAAAAAAGACUACUUCAGAAGCAAGUAAAACAACAGGUCCAAGAUCUCCAACUUCUAAGACAAAAGGAAAGCUUCCCACAUCACUUGGCUUCCAACGUCACAUGUCAUCUUUGUCUGAGUUAUAGAAACUGUGGAUUACUUCACCAUUAUCCUGAACCUCAGAUAACAUUAGCCUCACGUGGCAUUAGCCAAAAGGAGCAAGAGCCCCCUGUAAGUUAGGUUUCCUGUUAGUUUUCAUUCCACACAGCACGGACACUCCAAAAUUCAGCAUUUUGCAAUCAUUAAUAUUAAGUUUUUUAUAUAUAUUGAGAGUCAAAAUAAAAUAAUAAUGUAGAUGCCACUGAGGUGUAGUGUGUAGUGCUUGAGAAGUCCAGAUUCUAGGCUUCAUGGAACCAUAAACCCACUUAGGUGAAUAACUUGUCCUACGUCACAGGUUUGUGGGGAAAAAGUGAUGGGGUAGGGAGGGAAGUGAACUAUGUACACUGUUUUUACUUCUUUGGGAAUAAACAGGAUUUAAAUUUAAUUAAAAAUAUUGUGAAACAACUUGACUGGCUUUAUUUUUUGUU